AUGGGUAAAAUUACUGCUCAAGAUUUAAAAGACUAUGUCAUUAAAGUCGUGAUUAACGAUCCACACCAAAAACAUUUUGACAAGCUUAUGGAGGCAAUUGGAUCGGCUAGAAUUGUAAUGAUUGGUGAAGCGAGUCAUGGAACGAGUGAGUUUUAUCGUGAGCGUAUUUAUCUGACUCAGAGAUUGAUCACCGAGAAGGGGUUUACGGCGGUUUGUGUCGAAGCUGAUUAUCCAGAUUCGAUGACCAUUAAUAGAUAUAUUAAAAACAUCGCUCCGAAAACCAUUAAAACGUCCAUCGAUUCUUUACAAGACUUUAAACGCUUUCCUUUGUGGAUGUGGCGUAACGAAGAAAUGCUCAAUUAUAUCGAUUGGUGUCGUCGAUAUAAUGACAAGUUAGAGGCUGAAGGAAAAGGAUAUUACGAUAAAGUUUCUUUUUAUGGUCUUGAUUUAUAUUCUCUUCAUGCGAGUUGCGAAGCUGUAAUCGAUUACCUUCAAAAAGUUGAUCCUGACGCGGCACAAAAAGCGCGUAAAAGAUAUGGUAUUUUCGAACGUUUUGGUAAAGAUACGAUGACCUAUGCCUUCGCAGCUCGUUAUGGUUUAGUUGAAUCUGCCGAAAAAGAAGUUGUUGCUGUUUUGAAGGAUUUGUGUCAAAAAAGGUGUGAAUAUUUGUUAAAACAAUUAAAAGGCUCUGGACCAAUUGAAGAAUAUCAAUUCGCUGCUGAGUCGAAUUCUCUCGUCGUCAAAGAUGCAGAAGAGUAUUAUCGUCUCAUGCUCUUUGAAGAUGUUAAAUCUUGGAAUUUAAGAGAUUCACAUAUGGUUCGAACUUUAAAUCAAAUAUUGGACCACCUAACGAAAUGUCGUAAUGGUUGUCCUGCCAAAGCAGUCAUUUGGGCUCAUAACAGUCAUUUGGGCGACGCACGAAAUACUGACAUGGGAAUAUCCCGUGGUGAAAUAAAUGUUGGUCAAUUAAUUCGCGAACAGUUUGGCGAUAGCAGUUUUAAUGUUGGAUUCACAACAUACACUGGAACUGUGACUGCUGCCCAUGAAUGGAAUACUCCAGCUGAAGUGAUGAAAAUUGUCCCAGGAAGGAAGGACUCUUAUGAAGGCUUUUUUCAUAAUAUUGGCGAAGAUCUUAAAAUUUCAAAUUUCCUCAUAAUCUUUAACAAAAUAAAUCCUUCCCCUAAUCCUGAAGAGUCGAAAAAGGAAAUAGUUUCUAAAAAUUCAACUGAAAAAUUAUCUGAACCGUUACUUGAAAGAGCAAUUGGUGUAAUUUAUAGGCCGAAUACAGAACGAUGGAGUCACUAUUUUUCAGCAAAAUUAUCAAAGCAAUUUGAUGCAGUUAUUCAUUUGGAUGUGACGAAAGCUAUUAUGCCGAUUGAUAAAUUUAAAGCGUUUAAAAGGGACGAAGAAGAGAAUGUUCCCGAAGUCUUUAAUAUUACAAUGUUAAUUAAACGGUUCGGUAGUUUAAUAAAUGUUAGAAUAUGUAAAGUUUUUACUACGAUUCAGCUUCAUCAAACUAGAAUACUCGUAUCAAAACAUCUAGACAUAAAAUCAUUUUCUAGAAAUUACCAUAAAGAAAGAUCUCAGAUCAUAAAUACCUCCAAUGUAUUAUUUCAAGUUUCCAAACUUACAUUUCCUAAAAAUUCUUUAAAGCUCUCUAAUUCAAUUAUUUUAUCACAUCAUCGAAAAUUUAAUGUAACCCGGCCAACACGAGCACCACUCCCAGCGUUACCAGCAUUCCUAACAUUAUUUAAAACCGCUAAUGCAGUAAUAAUAGUUCGUGCAUUUAGUAAUUUAUUUCUUUCAAUCCUUCCUUUCGCUCUACGUAAGAAUCCGAACACCGGCAGAAGAAGAACCAUCCUUUUAUUCCUAUCAACAGUUUUUCCGUUAACAGGAUUUGGAAUUUUAUUCUUAGCAGGACUAGAACAAGCACCACAUACAAAUAGAUGGAGAUUUAGGUUUAUGUCAUUUCAAGAAGAAAAAGAACUUUGUAAUUCGGCAUUUUCAUUAAAUUAUAAUCAAUUCAAGGAUAAAAUUUUAGGAGAUGAUAGGAUUGAAACUAUUUUUGUAAGACAUGUUGUGAAUAAUCUAGUAAAAGGAUUAAGCGAUGAUUUAAUGGUAUUAAAAACAUAUAAGUUGGAAGGUUUAAAUUAUGAUAGUAAUGUAAAAAUAAUGGAAAACUCUGAGGUUGAGAAACUGGAACCUUUUGUGGUUUAUGUGGUUAAUGAUGAUAGUGUCGUUAAUGCUUUUUCAUUUGGUGCGGCAAGAAAGAUUCUUAUCUUUACUGGAAUGCUAAAGGCAAUUAAUUAUGAUGAGGAAUUUCUUUCAGUAAUUCUGUCUCAUGAGAUAGGACAUAUUUUACAGAGACAUUCAAGCGAAACACUUGGAUUUAAUCAAAUGAUGUAUAUCUUAACAGACACGCUUCGUACUUUAUUAUGGUUCCCAUUUUUGGCCGCACUAGGUCCCUUUAUUAAUGAUUACAUAGAUGUUAUGGCGCAAAAGUUAAUAGCAGCAUAUGCAGCAGGGAAAUACAAUCAAAAGGAAGAAAAAGAAGCAGAUUUUGUAGGUUUACAAUUAAUGGCUUUAUCGGGUUAUCAUCCCAAAAAAGCUGUCGAAUUAUGGUCUUACUUGGCAAUUAAUAAAGAUCAAGUAGAUUUAGAGGACUUACCAGAGUUUUAUUUAUCACACCCGAGCGAACAUACGAGGGCACAAUAUCUAGAGGAAGUGUUACCCGAAGCCCACAAGAUUUAUGAGGAG